CCCACAGCUGUGCUCCCUUUUCCCUGCGCUAUUUAUAUAAACCUCAUUGUUCCUCAACUGGGGCACACUCCCCAAAUUAUAUUUUUCGAAAAAAUAACAAUAAAGAAAUCAGCAAUUGCAAAUAUACAUUACGGAAAUCUCACAAACUUUUAUCAUCAGCGGACUCCAACAAACCCUAGAUACCCCCCCUCCAGUUUCGUUAUUACGAUAGAUCAGCUUGACGGGACUUUCUCUCACUACAUUCAUUGGGUUUGAUUUUUUGAUUUUUUUUUUCUCUUCUCAGCAUUUUCGAUUUUUCUCUCUCUCUCUCUCUCUGGGUCUUUGUUCUUCUUCAGUUUGUCAUCUUGUGUUGUUGUUGAGUUGGUCAGAGUAAAAAAGCAUUGGACUCUUCUUUGAUUGCAUGAUCCUCACCGGAGAUGGCGUCUGCAUGUGUCAACAAGAUUGGGAUGUCGCCGGAGAAUUUUCUUGACUGUCCUCCGACCGCCGCUGCGGCGGCUUCCAAGUAUUCUUCUUUCGGGUGGUUGAGUAAUCCCAGAAUCUCAUUCAGCCGUGAAAUACCGGAUGAGGAGCCGGCUCCGCCACCGCCCUCAAAACCUUCUCUUCUUCCUAUUAGUCCUUCCACCGGGCUAGUAGCUAAGCAGCAACAGCAGAAGAAACCGGAGAAGAAGAACAAAAACAAUGCGGCUAACUCGGAGAGUAAGAAGGAAUUAUCAGAUCCGGGUUCACCCGGGAAUGAUUUCGUGGAUUUCGAGUUCCGGCUUGAAGAUCCGGUUAAUAUGCUCCCUGCCGACGAGCUUUUCUCCGACGGGAAGCUUGUACCAAUGCAGCUCCCCUCCGCGAUCCGCCAUUCAACAUCGUCAUCUGACACUGUUGCAGCUUCUCUCGAAGUCCAGUCCCCGCCGGACACGCCGAAGUUCCGUCACCGAGGGGAGAUCUCCAGCACCGAUCCGUAUUUAUUCUCACCCAAGGCACCCAGAUGUUCUAGCCGCUGGAAAGAGAUUUUGGGGUUAAAAAAGCUCUACCAAAAUAGUAACAAACAGCAGCAGCAGCAGCAAGAGGCUCACAAGACGACGUCGUCGACGUCAACUCACAGGUCGUCAUUCAAGCAUCUAUUGCAUAGGAAUUCGAAGUCGUCGUCUUUGCUGUCGUCAUCGUUGGAUUCGUCGUCGUCUUUGAGCCUCCCGUUGCUCCGUGACGGCGGCGGAAGCGGCGGAGAUAGCGAAUCUGUUUCUAUUUCAUCAUCGAGAUUGUCCCUCUCGUCUUCCUCUUCUGGGCACGAACACGACGAUCUCCCAAGACUCUCGCUGGACUCCGAUAGGCCCGCUUCCGCGUCGUCAUCACGCGCGUCACUUCACGUAAGUGGUGCCAACGUGAGCCUGCAUCGAUUGCGAGUGGCGAAAUCCCGGGCACUGUCAGCUGAAAAUGCAGCUCAGAUGCGAAUGGGGAGAAGCCCGAUCCGGAAGCCGGUUCCGGAACCCAGUAUCCGUGGAGUUUCGGUGGAUAGUCCGAGAAUGAAUUCAUCCGGGAAGAUUGUGUUCCACAGCUUGGAGAGGAGUUCAAGUAGUCCAAGCAGCUUCAACGGCGGGCCCAGAUAUAAAUACCGGGGAAUGGAGCGGUCUUAUUCCGCCAAUGUACGGGUUACACCGGUUCUCAACGUACCCGUUUGUUCUUCCCUGAGAAGCUCGUCGAAAUCCGGUGGCGGAGUAUUCGGAUUCCCCCUCUUUUCUUCCCCCUCGUCACAGCCUAGAAAAGAAAGCAACGGCGGCGGCGGUGGCGGAGGCGGAGUCAAGAGUCGGUCAGAUCGGAAUUAACCAUUUCCCUUGACAAAAUUAACUAGUACUUAAUUUGGUAACCUUUUUGGUUUUUUUUUUCCAAUGGCUUGUUAAUUACUUAAAUGUCGGUUUUACCCUUUUUUUAGCUCCACGAGUUCAGAAGGGCGGAGGAAUGAAGUAUGAAUUUCAUGACUUUUUUGUAAUUUCGAUGUGGAAGAGGCGAUUAACGAUUUAACAUCGGUGUUGUUUUGUAAGUUCGGGAAUUGGUUAAAGGUAGGCCAGAAAUGUCAAAGAGAUAAUGUACAUAGUGACCUUGGUUUUUGAUCUUUAAUUCUUCUUGUUUUUUUUCUCCUUUAUUAUGCUAAGAUUAUCAUCAAUCAAGUGUUUGGUGUAAUAUUAGUACAAAACAUGUAUCAACAAGACCUUGUUGAAAAAACCCAAUUGGAAAUGUGUACAAUUUUUUUAUAAUAUACCAAGUGUGGGGAAGUCGUUACCAUUUCAUUUCAUAUCCAGAGACA